GCUUUAUUAGUAUUUUACGAUUAAUGAAUGAAUUGUGUUUUAGUGCAAUUAUCGACGGUGUUUAGAGUUUUCGAAAGUUCAAAUUAGUUUGCGACGGAGUUCAAGAAGUGAUGUCCUUAUAGUGUUUUAAAGUUAGUAUCUAAUAAUUAUCAUUAAAAUGUUAGAUAACAGGAUCUGUGCUGUGUGAUAUCUAGCUGGCUGGUAAACAAAUGGACUCUCAUAGCCCGAUGUGGAUUCUAUAAAUUGUAAACCAGUGGAUCCAACAUGAUGCAUAUGUGGAUGUGGUUCGGCUACGACCUGGGGGAGUUCAUGUUCUCCGGGUUGCAAAUCAGUUCGCGAUGGGCGUUCGCACUAACAUGGAUUGUGCUGUUUUUCUCAGCGCUGCUCUUCGAAGCUUCUAAGGUAUACCUGGCGAAGGUCCAGCGGGAUGCACACAAGAAACUAUACCCGUACCGGUCUGACGAGAGGAGGAACCUGCUUUGUUCCGAUCGGGAACAAGGCGGGGUAAUGGAGCCGACGACCAGUCGCAACGCGAGUUCGGGACAGGUCAGCCGAUGGGCGUCGCUGAAAGUUAGGGUGUUGGUCAAUACGCAUCAGUCUUUGAUGUUCGUGGUACACAACGUGGUCGGCUACUUGCUCAUGCUAGCUGUGAUGGUCUACAACGUUCAUUUGCUGCUCGCUGUCGUCUUUGGCAUGAUGCUUGGAUAUUUUCUACUCGGUCCGAAGCUAACACGUCUGCAAAUGCAAUGCUUCCGAUCCAAACGCACAGUUAUUUGUACUCCCGAGUGUGAUGAUACAGCUGAAACAACACCACCUCUGUUAGAGUCGGGGUCUAACUCCGAAACGGAUCUGUUUAUCUGUCGUACAAGAACCUGCAUGCAACCAUCGCAAUCAUAUGUAGUCAACACAUCGGGUGAAGGCAGCAGUGAGUUGGGCAACGCUACGUGUUACUACGGAGCCAAACGAUGCCCGUCAAUGGUCGCGAAAGCGAAAAAACUCAAAACUCCCUGCUCUCACGCUCACGACAGCAGCGCACACAAUCACGCAGAAAGCGAGAAGGAAGACAGUCCCAGCGUAGAAGACGUGCAAUUAUUACGCACAGAGCGCCAAGGUUGUUGCAAGAAGAAACAAGAACCUCCACCUGAAAAGAAAUGCUGUAAAAAGACGCAAGAAUCUGUUGUCGUUGUACACGAUAGCCCGUGUUGUAAAGAAGAGAGCACCGAACGGGAUAGCAAGCAAAGGGAAGACAGUCCACAGAUCUCGUGCUGCCACAGCGCAAAAUCGACCCCUACUGAGAGUCAAGAACAAAUUAUGUGACGAAAACGGAACAAGGGUUUCGGAUGAAGACAGGACGAUAAUAAUACAGGAUCCAGCAUAAUGUCCUUUAUUACUAGAAAGGCGACAUGGGAGAAAUCCUUAUUUAAUUGCUACAAAUUGCGUGCGCACGAGUCCUGUUGAUAGAAUUCCUUUGGCCAAUAGAUUUUAUAACGUAUUAACGUGUAAUAGUGUGACCGCAUGUUAACGCUACUAUCCGUCUUUUUGCGAAAUUCUUAUGUUUUUAUAUUGUAUACAAACAGUCAAAACUAUCUGUCAGGAUAGUUACCGGUGUUACCGGUGUGGGACGUACAUAAAGCACAAUUAAUAAUAAAGUGUUAUAACCGUAACCAGUGAUUGGAAUUGAGGGUGUUAAUUUAGUUGAACUAAAGAAUAACGUUUUUAGUUCUAAUUAAUUCUUUUCUACAAAUCCUGGGACUUUUCGGAACUAAUUAUAUUUGAAUAUGCGUUUUAUUUAUCCAUAAGUUGAAGUUUUUUAUAAUCAAGUGACGGGACGAACAAGUUGUGCGCCUGAUGGUAAGCUACACGCCUGUCCAAACAGUUUCAGUGCCA